AUGCAUGAACUGACUUGCCUCUCGUAUCGGCUACAGCUGGAAACUCUGAUUCCCAUCCUCCUUCCUGAAGUCCUCUCUCAUAUCCUCUUGUUCCUCAAUAUAUCCCAUCGGUCCGACCUCGCCUCUUGCGCAAGAGUAUCCAAACGAUUCAAUCAAGCGGCAACACCCAUCCUGUACCGCCAUGUCGUCCUUCACCCCGAUCAGGAUUUAGGGAUGAUAUUUCCACAAUUUAGCGUGGAAGGAACAAAUAGGAGGAAAGAUCUGCUCAAACAUGUUCAGAUCAUCACCAUAGGCGAUGGAAGAGACAGGUAUUUCUGGAGCCUGAGCGAGCUAUGUGAAGGAUGGAAGUCGCCUGGCUUGGACACCAUCAGAGUCGCUUGUGGAUAUCAUCCCCCUCCUUACGCUCUCUCCUCGAUGGUUAACAUUCUGAAACCUACCAAGAUCAUCAUUGAGACCGGUGUCGAAGAAGUUUUGAAUCGGCUCCAUCUUACUCUACACCGAUCGCUUGUGUUCUUGGACAAUCUGAAGGAACGAGUCACUGUGAUCUUCGAAAUGGGGAUCGAAUUCUACUGUAUUCCGUCAGAGCUUACGAGCCCUCAAGAUUUCGUGUACCCGAGAGAUUUUUCGUUACCGAAAAUAGAUCAGGUGAAGAAGCUGGCAUGGAUUUUCCCUCCUGGUCGGGAAGAUCUCUAUGAAGCGAAGUACGCCUACUUGAUCAAGACAUCCAUUUUGUUAUCGCUAGACGCUGAGAUGAUUCUGGUUCAUCGCUCUGAAAAUAUCAAUCAACAUUCUGAUGGUAAAAUCAUGCGAUGCCAUGAAGAUCUUGAUUCUGGGUCCACCAAAUCAAUAACCCAAACGCUAUUGCUCAAAGCUGUACAUAGUACAACACGUCUUAUUGAUGAAAUUUCCAAAGGAAUGAGUAUAGGGGAUUACAUUGAGAAAACAGCCUCGGAACUCUGGUAUCCGGAUGAUGAUGACCACUCGCCAACAAGAUCAUAG